GCCCCGCCGAGCCGACAAUGCGCAGUGGCAGCGGCGGGGCCUGCCAGGGCUUGUCCGCGGGCGGGAGGCGAGGCGCGGAGACGGGCAGUGGGGAGCCUCCCGGGUCCCCGCCUGAGGCGCUGGCAGGGGUGAUUCAGAUGUUAAUACAUGGCCUGAAAAUAACUAGGAAAAAAAAAAAGCGACAUGACGCUAAAAAAAAAAGGAAAAAGUGAAGAAAAAGACCUUUCCAAAAACAACAACCCACAUGAGGCUAAUUCCCAGUAGAGAUGAUGGAACUGUUGGAGCUGCUCUUCAAAGUCACAAGAGUACUUUAUACAACAAAUACUCAGCAAGCUAUGUAAAGAGGUCUCUCAACUCACUGGAAACAGAAGAGAUAUACUAAAGCUAGUUGAUUGAUCUAUUGUGAUUUCCUUGACUUAUUGUGGAGGGCUACAACGUUCUGACCUUUAGGAUCACUAGGAUGAAGCAGCUGCCUACAGCUGCCCCGUUUCUCCAUUCUGAACACAUUAGAUAUGUGCCUAAAAGGGAAUGCAAGCGAUCUGGGACUACUGUGUACAAACCACAUCAUGCUGGGAUGCAGAAGCAGCUGGAGCGUGAGCUACAUGACUUGCAAGAAGCGGAGUCAAGAAGUAAUUACCUGAUGUUUUCCAGAAAAGCUUACAGGGAAAUGACCAUGACAUCACAUACAUUAAGUACAAUUUAUGUGUUCCAGAAAAAAUACUGUAGAGAAAACAGAUAGGAUUUUAAAAAUUUUCUUUGGAGUCACUGGCAUGCCUUCUCCCUUGUAAAUCAAGGUAAGUUUGCUGCUCAUGUUGAACAGAACAAAUGAAAACAGCAAGGCUACAGAGAAUAAUGACUUUCCAUGAAGACAUUCUGCUACUACAGUCCAGCUCCAACAAAUGAAUCAUGUAAGCAGGUCAUUCAAGUCUGAAAACAUUUUAUAGGCUUGGCAGCAUAAAAAGAUUUUGGGGAACUGGAUGAGAUACCUGCAAUCACAGAGAAAUCACAUUGCUAGAGAGAAGUAGUAGGCUUCUCUCCAGUGUUAAGAUAGCCACUGUUUUCUGUAACCUUUUCUGACACUGAGAAACAGAUACCUUCAGUAGAAAAGCUACAUCUGGAAAACAAAAGGUGAACCCAUCCAAUGUGAGUAACGAAGAGGGAACUUGGUGGCAAUUGCUAUUGUCAUCCCCAUCCACAUACUGCCCUUCAUAAAUAAAUACUUGGAAAAUAUAAGUAUCUUCUGCUUCAUCACAGUAUUCCAUUUCCUGCUUUGAGUUCUUUAAUUUCUCUUUCAGACUGGGAUUAUUCUGGGGUUUGUUUUCCCAAGUAAGAGAAAUAGCAAGUGAUAACAGAAAUAAUGAAAGGAACAAUUCUUUCAUGGCCGUAGAAGUGGUUUGAAGAACUUUUUGGUUUUGUUCUUUAGAAAUGGGUCUAUUUUUUUUUAGCUUUUUUUCCUUAGAGUUUUAACACUUGAAGUCUUGCCAUCAAGAGAACUAGGCCCUGGCAGAUGACAAUGAAAUAAAGGCAAGCAAGUCACUUUUCUGACUGCAAAGAACAUGUUAACACUUUAUCCCAAGAAACUCAGAAAGGAAAACCCUUUUUUUUGUUAUUUUGAGAUUUGUUAUCUUAUAGGAAACUGGAUGAUUUUUUGUGGCCCUAACCCAUAUUUUUGAAAGUCUAAAGUCGUCCAUUCAGCCUGUGAUUUGACUUCUUUCCCAAAUUAAGACAGGUGAACUGAACGCUGAGCACUGUGGAAAGUUUAACUAACAGCAUUUACAAUGACAACAAGAUAGUAGGUUUUUUUUGUUUGUUUUUCUUUUUUUUUUUUUAAUACUGAAAUUCUACAGUUUAGAUGCACUAGAGGUAGACACCGUCUUAACCACAUAUGCAAAACUUAUCCUUGAAAGUUCAGCUUUCAAGUUGGGAAGCUAUCUGAAGAGAAAAAUACCUUCCAAGAAUGAUCAUCUGAUGGGGAAAAAAUCAAAAUCAUCUUUGGAAAUCUUAGAAGGACUUAGAAGUAAACAGCUUGUCACUUGCAAGUAGGGGAAAAUUGAUGAAGACCAUCAAGGCAGAAGCACAACGAGUAUCUCUAACCCAUUUGAUUCCAUGUCUUAUAUUCUCCAGCUGGUACACACUCCGUCAAGAUCACCUUUUCCUUGGUUAAGCAGUACUGAGUGGUAUUCACACACCUGUUCAAGUAGCUCCCCUUCAAAAAGGCUUCAAAAUACAGUCUCUUUCUUUAGAUCUCUACAUUCAAUUACGUUACGGUUUUGCAACAAGGGAAAAAAGGAGGGGCAGGUACCAAGUCCUCUUGCCUCCCAAUAUAGCACAGAAAAAAAAUCUUCAACAUGGGUGCUGACUGGCUGGUGCCUGCUUACCGUAAUGAGCUUAAAGUCUUAUUUGUAGUGGACAUCUGUCAAUACAGAAGUGAGGCAUUCAGGUCCUCUUAAUCCAUUAGCUCUAAAUCCAGCAGAGCUUUCACACUCCUUUUUUGAAUCAAAGAAGAAAACCUGAGUGGAAACAUACAAUGGAACAGCACAGCUUCAAGACCAGAUCCUGGACAGUAAGCACGUGAAAUUUCAAGGCAAACAAUAAGGAAAGACAGCAAAACUGGAAUUGUGAUGGAAAACUUGUGAGGAAAAGGACAGUCUGCAGUUCAGGAUGAGAAAGUGAGUUUAAUUCUUUGUUUUAUUUUCCCUGGUUCAUCUGGAUUUUUAAUCAGAAAUACAGUCAAAGACAGAGAAAGGAUGGGCUGCACACCAUCUCACAGCGAGAUUGUUAAUACUCUUGCAAGAAAUGGUUUUAAGGCUUUGAAUAAACCUAAAGGUAUUUUGCGUAUUGAUCCAGCAGAUAAAGGAAUCCCACUGCUAGUUAAAGGUUCAUCUUGCUACAAUAUUGAUGAAUUCUACCAAUACAAAAUUCAGAGGAACAGCUGCCUGAGAGAAACUGAGGAGAAACUGUCCGAGCAGGACAAAAGUGAUUAUUUGCAGUUUUCUUCCAAAUCUCAUUCAGAUCCUCACAUUUCCAGGGAAGACAACAUAAUUGAGAAAAAAGCCACAGAGGCUGAAGUUAUGUCCAAAUUCAUUGAGUCUCAAAAACACAUCAUUGAGGCUGUACAGAUCAGAAAGCAAAGCUCUUGUGAAUCAGAAGCAUCAGCUUCCAUUUGUGAUAAUAAGAAUGAAAGCAAUACCAAGCAAAUCCUAAAGAAAGGAAGGAAGCCAAAAAGUCAUAAAUUAGCUAAGCAAGGUCGACCUAGCAAAAUUAAAAAAAAAUCAAUUUUGUCCCCAUGCGAGAUAGAGAAAAAGGUAGAUUUCCCAGAACUGCUUGUUAAGGCUCAUCAGAAUGCAUAUGCCUACUUAAAUCCAAACCUCUCCAAGUAUGAAGCUAUACUUCAUAUGGCCAACCAGGCUGCCCAAACUCAGCUCUUCCUACAACAGAUGGUAAGCUUCCUCAUGCUUCGCUUUGAUGAAAUCAACCAGCUCUUGGAAGAAAUUGCUAAUGAUGGGGAAAAUCUUCUCAAAGAUGCGGGUAGAUAUCUGGCAUGGCCAUCAGGAAAAGAUGAUUUGAAGGAGCACCCUGAUCUUCUGCAACAACUACUUCAGUACACAAUCAAUAAAAUGCAGUUAGUGAGUGGAACACUGGCCUCUGUCACCUCCGACGCCCUGCAGGAAACCUGCAGCUACCUGCAGUCUGCUGCAAGCAACUUGGAAGGAAAACUGAAAGCAAAGCAGAGCUAUGAUGAGCGCCUGUUUCGGGCGGUAAGGCUGCUUGAAGCCUCAAGCAUGGGAAGCUCUCAGUCCCAUGGUGAUGAUAGGACUCUCUAUUCUGAGGAUAGUGGCAUUGGCGUGGACAGUGAGUCCCUCAAAGACUUCAGUCCUUUCAGCCAGCUUGGAGCACAAGCAAGCUGUGAGUCCUGUGCACAUGGCCUUAUGUCCCAAAACCACACCAGAACAAUGGAGCACAUGCAUAAUGGAGCAAUGUCACCAGGCACAGCCACAUCCCAUGGCUGUGCACUUGAAUGGCAUUUUAAAGAUACAUUUUAUUCAUCUCUAUGGAGCAGAGAAGAAACUUCUUGUCAGGGUGAAGUACCAGAAGGUAUUUCCGCCGCGGCAAAAUAUGCAAACCUGAGCAAAAGCCACUCCAGUAACUCCUUCCAGUCUGAUUCUACUCAGGAAGGUGAACAUUUUGAAUCAACAGAUUUUCCUUCAGAUGAUGAUGAAGGGAGCACCCUGGGGGAGGAUGAUGACAAUACAAGUUUAUCAGAAAUGGGUAAGGAUGCCCUGCCAAAGAGGCCCCAGUCUUCACCUGCAGUCACUGAUAACACACAAAGACAGUUGUCCACCAAAAGGACAGAGAAUGCGGAGACAGAGGAAAUGAUUCUGAAGAUGAAAGAUGCCAUCAGUGAAAAAAUCAAGUUUGUCCCAGCUAAAUCUGGGUGUAAAGAAUGGGUGGAGGAUGAGAGCGGAACAGCAAUCCUAACAGCAAGGCCCAGUACAGCAAUGGGAAGGCAGAAGGCCUCUGGGAAACAACGACGGUCCAGAUCGGAGGAGUCCCUCAGAAGCCAGGCAGAGGACCCAACCCUCCUAGAGCUUCAGAGAACUCAAAAGGAGCUCAGCAAAAGGCUAGAAAUGUUUUAUGGAAAGAUGGAUACAGAUAACAACCAAGAGCCUCGGAAACUGAGAAAAACACGUUACUUGCAGGAUGAGCAAAUUACAUCUAGGUCCUCUAGCAAACUUAAGGCAUGCCUCUCAAAAAAUUUCAGCAUCCUGCCUAACCAGGAUAAAGUCCCUUUGUACAUGGUUGAUCAAAAUCCUGCCAAUCAGCUGGAUGAAAAGAGAUGCAAGAAGCCUGUCAGAGCUACUGUGCCCACCCAGGAGACAUCGGGGAGCAAAGACGACAAGACUUCUGGAACACAAAUACUCAGUGGCAGCAGUUGUGCCCCCCGCCAAUCUGUCAAAAAGCUCAUUGAAACAUUCAGUCCGACUGAUGAUCUUGAAAAAGCCACACCUUUAAGAUCUUUAGGGCCAAUUAAGUGCAUCAGAAAAUUUGGACUUCCAGUCAUCCCACCCUCCAUUCCAUUUCAGAGAGGGUUGGUGCCUUUAAAUAUUAAGCAUCGUAUUUCACCAGUAGAAGACACAAGCCUUUCAAACACCAGUGGAGUUUGUUCUAACUUUCCAAAUGCCUUUCCUCCUGUACCAGCUGCAGAAUUAAAUGCAGAAACUGAUGUAGACACUGAGAACCUGCCACCACCACCCCCUGAAAUGUUAAUGGACACUUCUGAAUUCUCUGAGCCUGAAGAAACAGCAAGAAUAGGAGAAAACUCUUUGGAAGAUGCCAAAAAGCCUGCCAAAACAGAAUUUCAUGCUACUAAGAGAGCACAAGUUUCCCCGAAAAUGAAAGCCUCCCUCCAGUCCAUUGACUUAUUACCAAGUAAAAGCAUCAGCCCCAGCGCAGUUGCUAACAAAGUUUCAAGGAAUAGCGGACCCAGGGACGAGAAACUGCAGAUAUACUCUCUGGAGCUGAACCCUACCAACAUGCACAUCCCUAGCCAGGAGGAGAUAUUAGCAACCCAGAGAAAAGAAGCUGCAGAUUUGUACAAGCAAACACAUAAAAUUAUUCCUCUUCAAAAUCCCAGUGGGGUUUCAAAACCAUAUGACAGUAGCUCAGAGAGCAAAGAGCCCAAUUCACCUGCUACUUCAGUGCCAUAUCAGAAGCAUGGUUCUCCCGACUCACUGAGGAGAAAUGAAAAAUGUUCAUCAUUCAACAGGAGGGUCUCCCCAGCAAGAACGCCCCCUUCUUCUCCACCAACUGAGAAACAGCUUUUCAGCCCUCCAGUACACCACAGACGUGCUCUGCAGGCUUUAAGCAGCCAGCAGCUGAGCUCACCCACCAUGCAGAGGAAACCCAGUCCCCCUGCCAGCCCCAGGGCGCCCAGCCCACCCCGGGGGCCCAGCCCACCCCUACAGAAGAAGCUGCCCUCUCCACCAGCCCAGCGGAAACUGCUCAGCCCUCCUGCGGAGCACAAGCAAAGUUCACCAACACCACACCGGCUGCCAGGCUCCCCAGUCUACCGCCGAGAAGCAAGCCCCAUUCCAUUCCUCACUGCCCCAUCCCCACCAACCUCCCCAUCCCGCUCCUACAGGGGAUCAAAAGCUGGUCUGGAUGCUGGGGAUGAGUACCAGCCUGCUUCCUCCAAGAAGGGCAGCAAUGUACAUUCAAUAUUUUGCCCAGCCACUUCUUCCUUAUUUGAAGCAAGACCUCCACCAGCACCCAGCAAACCCACAGUGGAAGUCACCAAACAGCCUGAAGCUUCACCACCUUCCCAAAAGAGCAGUCUGCUACUCCAGCAGCCUGUAGACCGAACCAGAAAGCUGUCUCUGAGCGCUGCCAAUCCUCAGCCGUUUGUGAGGAGAAGCUUCUCUGACCGCAGACCAGGGGUUCGGUUUUAUCUUCCAGCUCCCGUAACAGCUGGCAGUGAACCUGCUCUUAACCAAGCAAGUGUGGAGGAGAGCCCUGGAAAAGCAGGUGACUGUUGGAGCAACCCUUGUGCCCCUGAAAUCAAGGAGUCCAACAGAUCCGCUUCCCACCCUGAGCUCUACAUUGUGGGCCAGGGGCUGCAGAGGGACUGACAGCAGAAAUGUUUGGGCAGACAGAGGCACAAGCAGAGGAAACAGCUUUACCCAAGCCUCCAAAACACAAUUUAUUCACAAGGAAGCAUUGCAUCUAAAAACACAAACUGCUACCAACAGUCUGAGGAAAUAUCAGUAGCCAGCUGCUUCUCCUUUUGAUUGUGUUUUAGGGUUUAAUUCAAAGUUUUACAAUUAGCAACAGAAAUACUUUCCAGUUCUGCAAGUCUGAGGCAAAUUGAUUCCACGAAGGCAGGACCUGAAGCCAAGUCCUUUGUUUCACCGUUUAGCUAAAGGAGUUUAAAAACUUUCAGAAAUGAUCAUGAUUUGACAUGUCAUUUAUUCAGGAGGCAUCACAGCUUUGGUUGUGUAAAAAAGUGACUGAUGUGACCUUUCCCUGGGUAAAAUCCUGGACCAAUUGUAUUCUAUUGCAAAAAUACAAAGAAAGCAAAACCACAACUUCACACUAGGUAUUUAUGAGUAUGGAGGGAAAGAAAAAGGUCAAAUACAAGUUAAAACAAAAAAUAACCCUUUUUUUAAAAGGAAUAAAGGAAUCAAAUUACGGAUAUUAUUACCUCAAAAAGGCUUUGAUCUUCUAAAACACCUUUGAUUAUCAUGUAAUCUCAUCAUCUCUGGUUCCAAAGAUACAAGGCUUAAUCCUGAUUAGAGUAGUUUUGUAAGAGCCCAAUCAAACAGCAUUAUAAAUCCAGAGGCAGCUAAGGACAUGUUGAGAGAGAGAGAGAGAAACCUCUCCUCUAGCACAGAGAAUCCUGUUUUCCCAGGAAGACAUUUAUGUUCUUUCUGAUUUAUGCAGUUUGAAGGGAUUUAUUGUAAUUUCUAGACAGAUUCUUGCUAAUGAAAACACAAGGUACUGAAAAUUGGUUAAUCUUAGGCUGUUACAGCACUCAUUAAAAUAGUUUCAGAAUUUACUGAAUCUUGCUCACAGAACUAGUUUAUCAUCAGAAUUAAGAUGCAAUUUUUUAAUUAAUUUAAUUUGAUGUGUUUUCAUAUGCAACUUUAGUAUAGAACAAGAUGCAGAAAAUGAGCUAUUUCUAGUUGUGUUCUGAUGGGAAUAGUUAUAGUUUUUUCCCACAGUUUUCAUGAUGACAGCGCUUCAUCUUCACACAGAAUUUUUAACCCUUCCUGCCCAUGAUCGGGGAACUGAGGCUUGCCUUAUGCUGUACAAGGGACCCCUUUGGAUACUGAACUCCUGAGUUUUAUUGUAUUGCCUUAAUCACAACCAUCCUUCUUCAAUAAGCUCAGUGCCAUUUUAUGCCACACACACACAAGAAAAUCUUAAUUAUGGUAUUUACAGUGAGGUAUUGAAUAUAAAGAAGUAAAUUGCAGCAGAUAGAUGCUUUGGAUCUCUGAGGGUUGCAAGCUUGAGGUGACAAAGUAGCCAUACCCAUAGCAUACAGAUAGAUUUCAACAGAUCCACCUUGUAAUCACGAAGACAGAUGCGCCAUCACCUGUUAAAUUGGGAAAUCACCAAGAGAUAUGGCAAAGAUCAUCAGCAGGGCAAAGUGCAAGCCAGUCUUCCCACUCAUCAGAAAUGGAGUCCUAUCCAAUCUGCAUUAAAAAUACAAAUUCAUUUUGUAUGCAUUUUUUGGGUUUUUCUGUUGUGCUGGCAGUAACCACUCAGAAUAGCAAUAAACAAGAAACACGACAACAGAAAAACAGCACUUUGCAUGCCUAAAUAUAGCUUUGAAGAUGAAAAUACAAGAGUGGGAGGACAGCUUCUCUUCAGUUAGUACAAUCGUUUUCUCUCUUUAUGAGUAAAUGGUGAAAUUUCUCAGCAUCUAUGAUGGACGGUAACUGAGAAGUAUUUACACCCCCCAAGCACCAAAUUCUUCUGUGGUGUAAGAGCUACAUCAGCACACAGAAAAACACUUCGGCAAUCAAGCUGGAAACUUGCUCACAUGUGCUGGCUGGACAUGAAGUCAGCCAAAGCAACUUUCCCUGAAAAACAGGCUCCCCUGAAGACGCCUCACAUCAGCCAGCAUCCUCGUACAGCAUCUCUCCCAGCUUUGACUAAGGGCUAUGUCAUCAGGACACUCAUCACAAAAUCAAUCACCUAAUCCCACCUAAACACUGCAGCUGCUGAAGAAUUCUAAUGCUACCCUAAGGAUGUUGCAGCAAACUUAGCAUUAUAUUCAAGAAACAGAGCUUCCUUCAGUAGUAAUCUACAAGAAUGCAUCACAAACUCAUGACUACAUGUAGCUAAGAGAUUCUCUUCAGUACAGUUAACGUACAGGACUCUUGCAAAAUUCUUCAAUUUGAGUUGCAAGCAUGCGGUUAAGAGCAACUAAUGUAGGAAAUCACAGUUUAGCUGGUCACUUUGAAAUUAUUUUUUUCUAAAGUUUUUUUUGGACAUUUCCAUUUUUCAUUAAUCCAAAAUUUCUGAAAUAUGGUUGUUUUUAAGAUCAUACUCAACUUCAAGAAUUAUUUUUCACUGAUGUAAAUAAAUCGGAGUUUUU